CGGGAAUGUCAAAGAGAAUUCGCAUCCAUACAGAAGUUAUUGAAUGUGUCUUAGUCGCCUAGAAGGGCACUUUUCAAUCCCUGAAGCCAAAAUUCAUUCACAGCACAAAAGCCCUCGGAAUACUUAUAUACUAAACCAUGGGACCAGAUUCCCCGCUACCCAUAUCUGCUGAAUUUUCCUCAGUAGAUGAGUAUGUGGAUUCUCUGUUAAAAUUCGCAACCUCAUCAUGGCUGUUGCAAACGCUAUGUGGCGGAGUGCACAUUCUCGAUUUUUAUACCCGGUCUCCUGACCUGUAUUCCACCAUCUUGCCCGAAUCAUGGCGCUUGUGGUUCAAAGAAUGCGAUAUAAUGGAUAUCCUGGACCUGCUCAUGAGGGAAGACUUGACGCAAUUCGACUCUGAAUCUGUAAAAGAAUGGCGCAACGGUCCAGCCCCUCCUAAGGAUUUAAUCAAUUACCUAAAGGAAGUGAGAAAGCAUCUUUUAGGCCGGGACUUUCCUUCGACCCUAAGUAAAAGCUCCAUAGCUCGACACAUUGCAGUAGGAAUGAAGGUCAAGAAGGUUCACGAAGUGGAUAAUUUUGCCCGCUACGUUGACAAGCUGACUACAGACAUAUCGGCCGCUGGUAAGAAGGAGAUAUCGCAUCUUGUCGACUUUGGUUCCGGGCAAAAUUACCUUGGUCGAGCGCUUGCUGCACCACCCUACUCGAAGCAUUUAGUUGCUGUCGAGAGUAGACAGCACAACAUAGAAGGAGCGAAGAACAUGGAUGUUCUGGCCCGGCUGGUUCCUAAGCCGCUCGUGAUGCGCAAUAAGAAAGAGUUCCGGGAACAAUUGAAAAAGCAGGGGAAAUGGAAAAAGGGUUUAAAAUCGAAGAGUCAAGGUAAUGAUGUAUCGGUUGACUCAAAUACCACUACCAAGAAGAACGGCCAGGAGGAUCUCAUUAGCUGCGAUGUUGAUGGAUGUGAACCGGUAUCUACCACGCAACCGAGCCAAGAUCCAGUCAAAGAAGAUGCCUCUGUUGAAAUGGACACUCGAGCGCAGCAGAACGACUCUCCUGGCACACCUCCAAAGACAGAACAAGUAUUAGACGUGAGGAAAGAAACGGAAACGACAACUACAACACUCCAGAUAUACACAGAAGGACACGGCAGUGUUCAGUACGUGGGGCAUGUCAUAAAAGAUGGUGAUCUUGGACCGGUCGUGGAGCAAAUUCUGGACAGCUCGAGAGUCUCGGACGAAGACGCAGUCCCAUCAGGAGUCGUUGAAGAACCUGCAAACCUGGAGGCUGUACCCAAAUUGAAGGAGCCGAACUUGAUGGUCAUGUCAUUGCAUUCGUGUGGCAAUCUCGUGCACCACGGCCUUCGUUCCCUCCUGUUGAAUCCUGCGGUUUCGACUGUAGCAAUGGUGGGUUGCUGUUACAACCUCGUCACUGAGCGCCUUGGUCCACCUACGUACAAACUACCAACGUUGCGACCAAACCAUCCCCGCCUAGAGAAAACCGCCGGUGCCUUUGAUCCUCAUGGCUUCCCGAUGUCUGAGAGGUUGGCAGAGUACCCUCUCCCGUAUCAGCCAUUCUCGUCUACCAAUGGCGAAAACGUCAACUCGGAAUCCCCUAAAGGUAUUCGCCUGAACAUUACAGCUCGCAUGAUGGCUGUCCAGGCACCGUUCAACUGGGGUCCCGAGGACAGCGAACUAUUCUUCACACGACAUUUCUAUCGUGCCCUUCUCCAGCGGAUCUUCCUUGACCGUGGCGUCAUCGCGCCGCCCGUAAAUGGCGACGGCUUCGAUGGCGAGGCAGUAUCUGCCGCAGGCCAUAGUAGUAAAGUGAACUGGACACCACCCAACGGACGGGGACCUGGCUUAUCUUCAGACGGCACCACAACCCCUCUCACAAUCGGGACGCUGCGUAAAUUCGCCUACAAUGACUUCGUCUCCUACGUCCGAGCCGCAAUCGGGAAACUCACAGCGCCAAACAGUUUCUGCGAGGUAGAUCCAGAGUUCAUUCGAUCCAAAAUGGAUGGUCUCACUGACGACGAUAUCCGGAACUACGAACAGCAAAAUCUCGAGAAAAAAAAGGAGCUCAGCGUCAUGUGGGGCUUGAUGGCAUUCAGCGCAGGAGUGGUAGAGGCCGUCAUCGUGACCGACCGCUGGCUCUGGCUGAAGGAGCAGCCUGAGGUGGAAACCGCGUGGGUGGAGCCCGUCUUCGAAUACAAGAUGAGUCCGCGGAACUUGGUAGUCGUGGGCAUCAAGAAAUGAUAAUAGAAGAUAUUAAUAACGCGUAGACGAUAUGAAAAAUCAAUAAGCAUG